GCUGGUACCCUGGCUCGUUUGGAUAGAGAUGCUCCUCACUAUAAAAAAAUGUGGCCCUACUAUUGGAGCAUGCAUUUUCCAAUAGCAUAAAAGAUGUGUAUGGAGCCUGUGCACGAUUGCAAUAAACGUUCUGGAAAUGAAAUCUCUCAAAUAGGAACUUCUUCAUGCUCGGAAGAGAUGGCUACAAUGACUUCAAUACGUUCUACAUGCAAGCGGCUUCUGGGACGAAAGGUGGCUCGAGUGGUUCCCCUGUAAUUGAUUGGCAAGGCAGAGCAGUUGCCUUAAAUGCUGGAAGCAAGUCAUCAAGUGCAUCGGCAUUUUUCUUACCUUUAGAACGGGUUGUAAGGGCCCUAAAAUUCUUGCAGAAAGGAAGAGAUUCAUUUACAAAUAGGUGGGAAGCAGUCACCAUUCCACGUGGCACACUUCAGGUCACGUUUAUGCACAAAGGGUUUGAUGAGACACGUCGACUUGGUCUCCGAAGUGAAACAGAAGAGUUGGUGCGUCAUGCAUCCCCGCCUGGUGAAACUGGUAUGCUUGUCGUUGAUUCCGUGGUACCAGGUGGCCCAGCUCAUAAGCAUUUGGAGCCAGGCGAUGUGCUUGUCCGCCUGAAUGGUGAGGUGACUACCCAAUUCUUGAAGACAGAAACCUUGCUUGAUGAUAGUGUGGACCAGAACGUUGAGCUACAGAUUGAAAGGGGCGGCAUUUCAUUGACUGUCGACUUGGUGGUCCAGGACUUGCACUCAAUAACUCCUGACUACUUCUUGGAAGUUAGUGGUGCUGUGAUUCAGCCUCUUUCUUAUCAACAGGCUAGAAAUUUCCGUUUCCAUACUGGUCUUGUCUAUGUUACGGAUCCAGGAUAUAUGCUCUUUAGGGCUGGAGUUCCACGCCAUGCCAUCAUUAAGAAGUUUGCAGGAGAAGAAAUAUCUCGUCUUGAAGACCUAAUCUUGGUACUAUCUAAACUGUCUAGGGGGGCACGAGUACCAUUGGAAUAUAUAAGCUAUACGGAUCGUCAUCGAAGAAAGUCUGUCCUAGUCACAGUUGACCGCCAUGAAUGGUAUGCCCCUCCUCAGAUAUACACUCGUGAUGAUGCUUCUGGUUUAUGGACAGCAAAGCCUGCUUUGCCACCUGACUCCCCACUUUUAUCAUCUGCCAUCAAUAAUGUUGGACAAGGUCUAGCAGACCACACACUUUCAUCAGAUGCUAGUGAGGCUAGUGCAAUGGAACAUGUCCGUCAUGCAAUCGGCCAAGAGUCUACUGAUGGUGUUACCAGUAUGGAAACUAGUUAUGAACAUGUCGCUGAGGGCCAAGCUUCUAGGGAUGAAUCUGAUUUUGGAACAAAAAAGCGGCGGGUGGAGGAGAAUUCAUCUGCUGAUGGACUUGUCAUUGCUGAUGGUUCUUUACAUGAACCCAGAGAAGUGGGAUUGGAGGACUCAAGAACCUUGGAAGAUGCAGUUUUAAGAGAUUAUCAAGGUGCAGCAGCUGCCGCAGCUAAUGCUUCAGUUGCUGAGCGUGUGAUAGAGCCUACUCUUGUAAUGCUCGAGGUUCACGUGCCAUCAUCAUGUAUGCUUGAUGGUGUCCACUCACAACAUUUCUUUGGAACUGGUGUGAUCAUAUACCAUUCUCAAACCCUGGGAUUAGUUGUAGUUGACAAGAACACUGUUGCAAUAUCCAUGUCCGACGUGAUGAUUUCUUUUGCUGCCUUUCCAAUUGAAAUUCCUGGGGAGGUGGUUUUUCUGCAUCCAGUACAUAACUUUGCUUUUGUUGCUUAUGACCCUUCUGCAUUGGGAGCUGUUGGUGCUUCUGUGGUUCGUGCUGCUGAACUUCUUCCUGAACCUGCUCUGCGUCGUGGAGAUUCAGUCUGUCUUGUGGGGUUGAGUAGGAGCCUACAGGCAACGUCUAGGAAAUCUGUUGUCACCAACCCUUGUGCUGCUUUGAAUAUUGGCUCAGCUGAUUGUCCACGGUACAGAGCAACCAAUAUGGAAGUCAUCGAGCUUGAUACUGAUUUUGGUAGUACGUUUUCGGGUGUGCUAACUGAUGAACAUGGAAGGGUUCAAGCUAUAUGGGGAAGUUUUUCAACUCAGCUGAAAUAUGGCUGUAAUUCAUCUGAAGAUCAUCAGUUUGUCCGGGGGAUUCCAAUAUAUACCAUUAGCCAAGCUCUGUGCAAAAUGAUAUCUGGUGCCAAAGGACCACCUCUUCUUAUAAAUGGCAUCAAAAGGCCCAUGCCACUUGUUAGAAUUUUGGAGGUUGAACUUUAUCCUACUUUGCUUUCCAAGGCUCGGAGUUUUGGACUGAGCGACAGUUGGAUUCAGGAUCUUGUAAAAAAAGAUCCUAUUAGACGUCAAGUUUUACGGGUUAAAGGUUGUUUGGCGGGAUCCAAAGCUGAAAAUUUACUAGAACAAGGUGACAUGGUUUUAGCAAUUAAUAAAGAGCCAAUUACAUGCUAUCGUGACAUUGAAGAUGCUUGCCAGGCAUUGGACCUGUGUGAUGACAGUGGUGGGAGACUUAACAUGACUAUUUUUCGUCAGGGUUGUGAAAUUGAACUUCUAGUGGGAACCGAUGUGAGGGAUGGGAAUGGAACCACUCGUGUGAUAAAUUGGUGCGGAUCUAUUGUACAGGAUCCACACCCAGCCGUGCGUGCUCUUGGAUUUCUUCCCGAUGAAGGCCAUGGUGUAUAUGUGGCAAGGUGGUGUCACGGGAGUCCAGUACAUAGAUAUGGUCUAUAUGCUCUGCAAUGGAUAGUUGAAGUUAAUGGGAAACCAACUCCUGACAUAGAUGCUUUUGUUGAUGUGACAAAGGCAUUGGGGCAUGAGGAAUUUGUUCGUCUAAAGACAGUCCACUUGAAUGGGAAGCCUCGAGUGUUUACAUUGAAGCAGGAUUUGCACUACUGGCCUUUUUGGGAGCUCAGAUUUGAUCUUGAAACUGCAAUGUGGCGCCGUAAGACAAUCAAAGCAUUAAACUGCAUUACUUGAUCAAAAUUCCCUUCUCGCAAAUUCUACAGAUAGAUACCCUGGAAAAAUGGACGUGCAAAAUGGAAAUUAUAAUUAUUUUGACUUGAAUUCGUUAAAUCUCAUUGGUAGUUUUCCUGCUGUCUAAUUGGGUUUUGAGCCGCCGUAGAUGUUUAUGAAAGAGGAUCUUACAAGGCAAGUUGUCUGGCCCUGAGCUUAGCCACUUCUUAGAUGUUGUAAAUGAUAAUUAUAUGGGAGUUUAUCUACCGGGGUAUUGUAUAUCUACUCUCUAAUAAUCACACCUGAAUGAUUACAUGAACCUAAAAUAAACACUUUUCAUAUUUUUUG